ACACGUCAAAGUUAGUAGUUUCUUUAUCUGAUUCCAAAAGUGCAGUGUGAGGAAUAGUAUUGCGGCUUCUACUGAAACUUGACAUUAUUUUCUCUUACUCUUCACCCUUCACUUAAGUAAAGUGCAUUUAAAUCCAGUCAUUUUUCUUCCUUCGCUGAACGCAUUCAAACCAUGCUCGUCGUUUCUACAUCUUCCACCAAAGCUUGCGUUCGAUUGUUGAUGGCACCUUCUUCCAUCGGCGACUAACUGCAAUGCGCACUCAUCCCCUCACCUAUGGCUUUCUCCCUAUCCCUUCGCCCUUCCUCUUCUCCGUCCCAUUCUCAGUUGUUUUGCUCUGUUAGGUUCAACAGGAGGCAUCGUAGCCGAAUAGGUUUUGUGUAUAACGGUGGAAGAAAAGGUCGUCGUUUAUGGGAUGGUGUUGUCGUUAGGUCGGUGUUGAACGACAAUAGGCCUAGCAUUAACGAUUAUGGAGCGGCUGAGUCUGCUAGGGUUUUGCUCGAGAGGUUGUUCGAGCAAACGCAGAAGCUGGAGCAUCGGAUCAACGGAGGGGAACCGGAUCUUCGGAUUUUGGAAUCUGAUCUUCAGGCGGCGCUUUCGGCGUUGAAGAGGAAGGAGGAUCAUUUGUUGGAAGUGGAGAGGACUGUGUUGUUGGAGAAUAGUAAACUGGAGCACACCAAAGAGGAAUUGGAGCGGCAAGAGAAUGAGAUUGAGGCUGCUAGGGUUAAGUAUGAGAAGCUUGAAGAGGAAAUGAAGGAGGCUACUGUUAAUUUGGUUGCUCAGGCUAGCCAGAUUGAGGAAUUGAAGCUUCAUGUUAGGGAUCGCGAUCAGGAGAUUGCAGUUGUUCGGAAUGCGCUGAGUUUGAAGGAGGAAGAAGUGGAGAAAAUGAGGGUUGAUUUGGAAAUGAAGAGUCAGGAAGCUGCGGUUGUUGAUUCUGAGCUUAGCCAGAAGGCUCGGCUUUUGGAGGAGGCAAAUGAGGUUAUGAAGAAACAGGAGGCUGAGCUUCGAGAACUGCAGAGGGCUGUUCGAGACAAAGAGGAGCAGCUAGAAGUUUCUUUGGCUCAGAGGGAAAUUGAGGGCGAGAAGCUCAGAGUUGCAGAGGCCAAUUUGGAGAAGCAAGCAAUGGAUUGGUUGUUGGCGCAGGAGGAGCUUAAGAGGCUGGGAGAGGAUGCUGCGAGACAUGCACAGGAGAAUAGUGAGACGCUGGAGGAUUUCAGAAGGGUGAAGAAGCUUCUUGGUGAUGUGAGGUCUGAGUUAGUUUCGUCUCAGCAGGCAUUGGCAUCUUCUAGGAAUAAAAUGGAAGAACAAGAGCGGUUGUUGGAGCAGCAGUUAGCUGAACUUGCUGAACAAAGGGCCAGCGUCAUGUCAUACAUGGAGAAUUUGAAGGAUGCGCAAAUAGAAGUGGAGAGUGAGAGAACGAAACUUAACUUUGCUGAGGCUCGAAACAAAGAACUUGAACGGGAUCUGUCCAUGGAAAAGGAGCUGAUGAAGGUGUUAGAGGAGGAGCUGAAGAAAGAGAGAACUUCUUUGGAGCAGGCAGUCCAAGAAAUGGCUUUGCUUCAAGAAGAAUUAGAGAAAAAAAGUGCUGAAUUUGAUGAAACCAGUGCCAUUCUUCGUGUGAAAGAGUCAGAGCUUGUUGAUGCUAAGCUAGAAAUCCAGCAUUUGAAAUCUGAAAAAGCUUCUCUUCAGGUUAUCUUGGAGGAAAAGGACUUGGAACUUUCUGAUGCUAGGAAGAUACUGGUGGAAGUUCACCAGGAAAUCUAUGAUCUUAAGAUGCUUAUGAACAGUAAAGAAACGCAGCUUAUUGAAGCAACCAAUAUGCUGAGGGAGAAGGAUGAGCAUGUGAAGAUGAUCCAGAACAAGUUGAAUAAUACAAACCUGAAGGCUUUUGAGGCUGAAACGGUAGUAGAAAGAAUUUUAGAUCUCACAAACAAACUUGUUGCUUCCAUUAAGGAUGAUGACAUUAACACGUCAAGACCUCUAGAUGAAAUGGACAAUCAACUAUUAGAGCAACUACUGGAGAAACCUACUAAUGAAUUGAGGUGGCAACUAAAAAGACUUGAGAAUGAGCUUGGGUUGACCAGAGAAAGCUUAAAAACAAAGGAGAUGGAAGUUCUUGCUGCAGAGAGAGCUCUAACAAUAAAAGACGAGGAGCUUAAAAUGACUCUUGGAAGAUUGGAUGCGAAAGAGGAAGAGUUAAAAAAAGUGAGGGAAGAGGUGACAGAAGAUUCUGAUGAACUUAAAAGGCUGUAUGCUUUGGCACAGGAGAGAAUUGGUGAGAAAAGCCUUGGAGAUUUGGCAAUUGAGAAACUUCAGCUUGAGGCAGCUCAGCUUGAAGUUGAAGCUGCUACUAAUGCUCUACAAAAACUUACAGAAAUGAGUCGACAACUUCUGAAUAAGGCUAUCCUGAGUGUUGAAGCUGAUAACUAUAUCAGUGUGAUGCAAAAUAAAGAUAAUAAUAACCCUGAUUUCAUCACAGAUAUCAAUAACACUGACUGUUUCACUGAAGUGAAAGCAGGAGUUGCUCGACUCUCAGCUUUGGCUGAGCAGCUUGUGUCGGAGGCGGGUAUUGUUGCUGCAAACUAGAAGAGGUAAUGAAGAAGGUUGUGAAAGGUAUAUUCUAUUUUGUUAUCUCUGCAGCCAAAUGCCAUUGCAAGGUUACCCCGUCUUCCGGUGGAUCAUAAAAUGUUCACUUUGUUUGCAAGAAUAUGUACAGGUAACAAUCAUAUUUGUUUUUAGUUAUGGAGGUCAAAACUUUUGUUGUACUAGUUACAUUCAGAAUGCAUUUGUUUUAGACAACAUAGAUAGGAUGGAAAGAUUUUGGAUUGUUGCUUCUUCCAAUCUUCUAUUUAUUAAAUCAAGUGUAUAACACACACAUCCAAGCUUUAGACAUAAUGCAUAUUACUUUUCCUUUCGAGAGCGUAGAAGUGUGGCAUAACUUUAUAAGCUUGCAAACAUCUGUCACGGCUGUUUAAGUUUAAACGUUUAAUAGCCAAAAAAGCUACGCUGCAUUAAUCUAUAACCGUAGGUGAAUUACAGCAAUGACAAGCAUUCUAAAACAAGAAAGGGGGUAUUAUCGGAUUGCAAAAAUAGAUUGCGGAUCUCAUUUUAAAGAGCGGUUCAGUAUUUAUGAGCUAUGAUUUGUUUCCUUUGUUGACCAAACAAAAUAUCGUUCUCCUUUAAAGCUGUUCUAUGAUACACGUGUUUAGUACCAAAAAGAAGUGACGGACGCUACAUUUGCGUUGAACCAUUAUUGUUACUAUGGCAACCACUUUUCCUCGAUCGUACAAGACUUAAGGUUAUAUUUAUAAAAAUACCAAAUAACUAGAAAUUAAAUUUAUAUUAAUUUUUUAAAUUUACCAAAUGAAAAACC